CGGGGCUGUCUCGGGCGGUUAGGUCCGGCGUGAGCUUUUCUUUUAACUGGUGCGCCCACCAUGACGAUCACCUACAGCUGUAUUGCUAAUGGCCGAGCGGUCCUAGCGGAGCUGGCCCUGACCGGCGGCUCCUAUCAGGAAGCAGCAGCAACAGUGCUUCGACUGGUGCUUCUAAGAGCUGAGCCCAAGACCAUCAUGCAGAUGGGAAGCUUUGUCUACCAUACUCUCUUUAUCAAUGGAAUCACUUACCUAUGUGCCACAGACAAUGCCUUGGAUACUUUAACACCAUCUUCAUUUCUUAAAAAUGUUAGUGACACUUUUCUGAGAAAUCCUUUGAUGUCGCAAGAACAUUUUUCUCCUUCAAAUGCAGUUGCUGCAGAUUUUCAACAAGUAUUAGGGAAGUAUAUGAUGAAAUACAAUAAAAAUCAAGGUGAUAGCUCGAUGUCUACACUCAAGAGCCAAGUAACUGAUGUAAAAAAUAUUAUGUCCAAAAAUAUUGAUGAAAUUUUGGGAAGUGAAGAAAGAUUGAAUAUCUUCACUGAUAGAACCGAUGAUCUCCAAACAACCGCCGAAGAGUCCCAAAAAACAAGAAAGAUUCUUAGGAGGAUAUGGUGGAAACACUUCAGAAAGAUUAUAGUCAUCACCGUGGUAAUUCUCCUUUCAAUCAUCAUCAUUCUUUUAAGUACAAAUGUAAUACCAACCUGACCCUCUUUCUCCACAACCCCAGAAGUUACCAAUAAAUUGUUGUGUGUAAA